AUGGGGCCGGACACGGAGCUGCUGGUGUUCGCUAACUGGAGCACUCUGCUGGUGUGCAUGGUGCUGAAAUUCCCGCAGAUCGUGUCUAUCAUGGGAUCCAGGAGUACGGAGGGGCUGAGCCUGGCCAGUGUACUGCUGGAGGUGACCGGAUUUCUUGUAUUUCUACGAUACCAAAUAUACUAUGACUACCCAAUGGAAACCUACCUGGAGUAUCCAAUACUAAUAGCACAAGACGUUAUUCUUUUGUUGUUUAUCUUCUACUACACUGGAAGCAUGCGAAAUGCCCUGAUUUACUCCAGCAUUUUUUUUGCACUCUGGAAUAUUUUGGUCCUCCAGAAAUGGAUAAUAGAUUUGGCGCUGAAUCUGUGCACCGUGAUCAGCGCCUCAAGCAAGUUUCUUCAGCUGCAACAUCUCUGGCGCACAAAAGACUCCGGACAAGCUAGUGCCCUCACAUGGGCCAUGGCGACCUAUACCUCUGCUACAAGAAUAUUUACAACAUUGAUGACCACAGGAGACAAAGCAGUUUUGCUGCGGUUCAUCGUUCUGCUAAUCCUCAAUCUGUGGGUCACACUGGUCAUUGUUAAAUACAGGAAGAAGGAAGAUAAGAAAGAUGCCAAGAAAAGAGACUAG